GAGAGAGAAGGAGGGAAAGAGAGAGCGGGAGAGGUUGGCCAGUCAUAAACAGCAAGGUUGAUGAGGGGGAGGAGCAAUGAGGGUUAAAACAGGAACAGAGUUGAUAAAACAGUUCCAAAGUUCAGCUCCACACCUGUGGACCGACAGCAGUCUCCACUCACCAGCUCACAUCUCCUGGCCUCCCUCUUUCACCGCCUGGUUCUACCGCCUGGUUCUACCGCCUGGGUCUACUUCCUGGUUCUACCGCCUGGGUCAACUUCCUGGUUUUACCAACUGGUUUUACUUCCUGGUUCUACCGCCUGGGUCAACUUCCUGGUUCUACUUCCUGGUUCUACUUCCUGGUUCUACAACCCAGUUCUACUUCCUGGUUCUACAACCUAGUUCCUCCUCCAUUACCUGGUUCUAGUACCUGGAACUCCCUGGUUCUCCUGGUCUCCCUUAUCUACCUGGUUCCAGAGGAGGGGGGUGUUGAUCCGGUGUGUUCCCAGGGAUCCAGAGCCCUCUGUGGGGUACCUCUCAGCUCCGCGCCCCUGUUGGGCACGGCUGUGGACCCAGGUCUGAUUAGACCCUCAUAACCUGCAGGGAUGCUCCAUCUUGCGCUGGUCCUGGUUCUGCUGCUGUACCACCAUGGCUGCGGGGUAUCAUGUCAGGAGAGACCAUACUUUGUCUCCAGGAACUUCCGUAACGUGCUGCAGUGGGCUGAGGAGAGUGGUGGAGGGGACGUCCUCUACAGUGUCUUCUGGGCCAGAUACGGGACAGAGUUUGAGCCAAAGCUGGAGUGUCAGAACAUGACGUCUCUCUCCUGUGACCUCAGUACUGAGACGGCGUAUGACUACCACACCUCCCGCUUCCUGGCUCGUGUCUACGCCGACGCCAAGCUGCUGGGAGAAACACAAACCUUCAAACCCCUGGAAGAUACGGUACUGGGCCCUCCUCUCCUGAGUGUACGUGAGUUGAGGGGGUCUGUGGAGGUGCGUUGCUCUCUCCCCCCUGGGGUUGUGGAGGUGCUCACCACCAACACGUUCUCCUACCCCCACCAUGCUGCCUACUACAGCCUCAACAUUACCACUGGCAAUGCUGACGUGCAGAAAACUUCCAAUGGGGUGUUCAAGGUCCAGAGAGCAGGUGUGUCAAAGGCCUGUGGGGCGGUGGUGUACCGUCCACACCUGAACCAGCAGCGCUCCCCCAGCCAGGAGGCCCCCUUCUGCAUCAAUGCCCCCCCCACAGAUGACCCCUGGCACCUGUUCCCAUGGUUACUGUCGUUCGCCUGUCUCCUUGUGGGGUGCGUACCCAUAGUUACGGUGUUGGCGUGCCACUACGUGAGACAGAAGCGUGAUCUUCCAGACUGCACGAAAGUGAUUUCCAACGAGGGCCCCGUUCACCUGCUCCAGCCCCAGAAGGUGGUCCUCUCCCUGGCCCAUGCUGAGGGGCCCUGUCUGGGGGGCACAGAGGGGGCCAGGAAGCCCCCCUUCACCAGGCCCCAGGUCAGCAGGGACUCUGGCUGCUACUCCCCCCAGGAUGCCCCCUCCACCCCCCCUCUCUGGCAGGGGGGGCCCCUCUCCCCCCAGGACGCCCCCUCCACCCCCCCUCUCUGGCAGGGGGGGGCCCUCUCCCCCCAGGAUGCCCCCUCCACCCCCCCUCUCUGGCAGGGGGGGCCCCUCUCCCCCCAGGACGCCCCCUCCACCCCCCCUCUCUGGAAGGGGGGGGCCCUCUCCCUCCAGACACCCCCUCCAGAAGACUCCAACAACAGCCUCCACUCCUCCACCAUCUACAGCAUGGUGGGGGUCCAACCAGCCAGGGAGGGGGGCCCGUCCCCCCUGGGGCUCAAAGAGAACCAUGCCCAGCUCUGGGCGCCACCUACAGGGGAGCCUCCCUUCCAGAUCCCCCUGGAGCCGCCCCCCUCUCUGGGCCCCCGCCUCCCUGGCCUGCAGCCAGACACCCAGAGAGCCACGUCCGUCUGCCUGACACCGCUCUCUCACAUCGAGGGGGGGUUUCCUAUGGCAAACCUGGCAACCGCUGGAGAGAAGGCACCCCUGUUGUCAGACCUUCUAUGCGUGAGGGAUUCUGAUUGGCUGGACCCUGAGGAGACCCGUGUGUACGUCUCCAACCAGGUCCCCCAGCACGGCCCCCCCCUCUGCCUCCCACACCUGAUGCCCCCCUCAGGAGAGCCGUCGUCUGGGUACAAGCAGAGCUGGUUCCCUGGGAUGGUGGUGGAGAGACAGCACCUCCCUGGGAUGGUGGUGGAGAGACAGCACCUUGCCACCCAGCCUCCCCUCUGGGUGUUGCUCCUGAGAGGCAGGUAUGAGCCUGGGCAGAGACACAGGGGAGAGACCAGACAGCGGAUCCGGCUCAUCGUCAGCUGA